AUGGGCGCAGUCAAGUUCUUUUGUCUUGCGACUGCAUUCGCUUCACUCAUUACAGCCGCGCCAUUUGAGGAGCGUGCGAGGAAGCCUAAGAGCUUUCUCAAAGAACUGGGCAACUCGACGUGGCUAUUAGGCAAUGAGAUUUGGAAUGUCACCCAGAAUCGGCAGUAUGCCAACAAGUUGUACUAUAAGGGAAAAGACCGUGUCGGCAAUGCGGUGGGACAUUAUGUGAGCUACAACGGAGCUGCUUCAGACCUCAACUGGACAUCUGCUGCCAUUGCAGACUCAGGAAGCGAUUGGAUCAAUGUCAAGUUCACUGCAAAAGAGGGCGACUUCCAUUGGGUUAUUUACGAUGGCCUUCCUGGCGCCUACCAAUACUUCGUCAACCAUGCGCUUCCCACCCUCGGCGAGUUUCGCACACUUUGGCGCUUGGACAACGCCUCCUUCCCUAGGGGCAUGAACGAUAUUAAGGACGGUGUUCUUCCAGCACUCGAAGAGUACCUCUCUGCUACCAAUGUCUUUGACGAGACCUGGCAGAAGGCCGAUGGAACCUUCUUGACCAAAUAUGACUGGUCUGGGGUUCUCAGGGACCAAAAGUACUACGGGGUAUAUGGUGAUGAAGUCGGCAGCUGGUACAUAAAUCCUGGCAAAGACUACUUCAACGGCGAUCAGACGAAGCAAGAGCUAAUGGUUCACCGAGAGUCCAAGACCGGAGACGCAGUACAACUCAACAUGAUCCACGGUACCCAUUUCCAGGCUGUCUCCCGUGACGCCUUUGCAGAUGGAAAAACCUGGGGUCCAUGGCUAUGGUACCUCAACGACGGCUCCAAAGAGGACGCAGCAUCACGCUGGCAAAAGGAAGAAGCUGCAUGGCCAUACAAGUGGUUUGAAGACAAGGCCUAUCAAUCCCGUGGCAAGAUUCAAGGCCAAUUACGCCUUAGCGACGGGCGCCCUGCAUCUGGCGCCGCCGUGUUCCUCGGUGACAAUAACAAUGCAUCGAUAUCUACUCUCGACCAAGGCCAGGGAUACUACUACACCACGUAUGCCGACGCCGACGGCAAAUUCGUCAUCAAAGACAUUCGCACAGGAACCUAUGCUCUUUACGCCUGGGGCGCCGGCGGCAAACUCAGCGACGUCACCACAAACUUCACACAAAACGACAUCGUCGUACGCCGAGGCAAAAACACCAACAUCAAAACCCUCACCUGGCCCAUUGCCGACAUCUCCAAGCGCAUCUUCCAACUCGGUGCCUUUGAUCGCCGCACCGAUGGCUUCAAGCUCUCUGGUCCCACGCCCUUUGAACACGGCCGCAUUGCCAAGUGCCCUGGCAACCUAACGUAUACAAUCGGAUCCAGCUCACUAGAGGACUGGUGCUUUGGCCAAUCUAGCCUGGGAACAUGGAGUAUCAACUUUCCCGUCGACAACCGCACAUCCACCGCUGCUGCAAAGCUGACCCUAUCACUCGCGGGCUUCUCGCAAGGCACCAGCGCAGAUAUCUUGCUCAACAAUGUUAAAGUGGGGAAUAUCACGAGCAAGAGUCUGUUGAAUAGUCAGGAUACGUAUCGUGGUGCAACGAGGAAUGGAGAGUGGAGGCUGUUGGAGUUUCCAGUCUCAGCUGGGGGGUUGAAGGCGGGAAUGAAUAGCUUGGACGUUAAGGUCAUUGAGUCGACGCGCUGGAGGGGUUGGCUUUGGGAUAGUAUUGUGUUGGAGAGGAUAUGA